AUGGCAAACACAGCUGAAGUUGAAUUUGGAUCGUUGGAAACUGGUAAAAGUAAACUAGGAUUUGUUGAUGAUAGAUUUCCUAAAUCUCAGUUUGCACCUGAGUACUUUGACAUUUGGGAGAAGUGUAAUGCAGUUAUUUUGUCCUGGAUUAUGAAUGUUCUUCAUAAAGAGAUUCACAGUCUUAGUCAAGGAACUAUGUCAGUUACAGAUUACUAUACUACUCUUAAAAGUUUGUGGAAUAAAUUCGACUCCAGUAUGCCUUGUACAGGAUGUUUAUGUGAUGAAUCCAAGAAAUUUAAGGAACACUGUGAAUAUCAAAGAUUACUUCAGUUUCUAAUGGGACUGAAUAAAUCUCACUCAGCUGCCAAAGUACAAAUUCUGUUACAAACUCCUACUCCUAACUUGAACAAAGCUUUCUCUCUUAUCAUAGGCCAUAAGAGCCAAAUGAACAUAGAAAAUACUAGUUUAGACAUCUCUCUUCCUAGAGUUGUUGAGAGCACAACUCUAUUUAGUCAGAAAGGAGGAGGUGCUACUACUCAUGGUGGAAAUGGUUUUGGACAUUAA